AUGAAAUUUGCAGUCUACAUACCACCCCAGGCUGAAAAGGAGUCAGUGCCAGUCAUCUACUGGUUGUCUGGUCUCACGUGUAACGUGGAUAAUUUUAGUCAGAAAGCCGGCGCGCAGAAAUAUGCUGCGGAUCACGGCGUGUUUCUCGUCAUACCUGAUACUAGUCCAAGAGGUUUGAAUAUUCCUGGCGAGGAUGACAGUUAUGAUUUUGGUACUGGCGCAGGAUUCUACGUGGAUGCGACUUUAUGGGAGGACACGGGAGGACACGGUGCUUUAAUUUGUGCCCUUAAAAAUCCUGGCCAGUUCAAAACAGUUUCAGCUUUUGCACCCAUAUGUAAUCCAAUCUUGUGCCCAUGGGGAAAGAAAGCUUUCUCAGGAUAUUUGGGAGGAUCAGAAGAUAAUGUGGCAUGGAAGGAAUGGGACGCUACGGAACUCGCAAAAAAAUAUAAUGGCCCACCUUUGGACAUCUUAAUCGAUCAGGGCAAGGAGGACAAAUUCUUAAAAGAAGGCCAAUUAUUACCAGAGAAUCUACUAAAUGCUGCCAAGGAUAACGGCAUCGGACUUACUCUCCGAUUUCAGGAUGGUUAUGAUCACAGUUAUUUCUUUAUAACCACAUUUAUUGAAGAUCACUUCAAGCAUCAUAUGAAAUAUCUUAAAAGUUAA